CUUCCAGGAAAUAGUAACAUCCAGUGGAUGCACCGACUCCAGAGGCGUGGAUUCCCAGCACUGUAGCCUCCUUAAGGAUAAAUAGGCUCUUUGCCUUUAACUGUACUGUACCCCACUGUGCAGAGAAAUGUAGUGCUAGCCUUCUGUUUUGUCGGCACAUAAAAAGAUGUGCCGUCUAGUUGUUUCUAAUAAUAGCCAAUCUUAUUUUUACCACACCGACGCCUUAUUGCAUUAUGGAUGCCUCUGGAAUGGUGUCCCUGCAAGAUAGCGUGGGAAUAUUCCAGUAGAGGCUGUGGCUGUUCAUCUCAGGGCUAAAUGCUCCAGCAUCCCGCCUAUAACUGCAAGAGCAUCUCGUUUACCCUAGCCUGUUCCUGUGUCAUGGCUGUAGUGUGAGGCCACUGUGCACGGGGAUGCGUUUCUUUUAUCCGCUGCUCUACACUUUAUUCUCUGCAUGCCGGAUUUAGGUCCAGAGGAGCGCUAUGCGGGAGUAUAAAGUGGUGGUGCUCGGCAGCGGCGGGGUGGGGAAGUCCGCCCUCACGGUCCAGUUUGUCACCGGGACAUUUAUAGAGAAGUACGACCCGACUAUUGAAGAUUUCUACAGGAAGGAGAUCGAGGUGGACUCCUCUCCGUCGGUGCUGGAGAUCCUCGACACAGCCGGCACCGAGCAGUUCGCCUCAAUGAGGGACCUUUACAUCAGAAACGGCCAAGGCUUCAUCCUGGUCUACAGUCUGGUCAACCAGCAAAGUUUUCAGGACAUCAAGCCCAUGAGAGAUCAAAUCAUCAGGGUGAAACGGUACCAGCAGGUGCCGGUGGUGCUGGUGGGGAAUAAGGUGGACCUGGAGGAGGAGCGGGAGGUGUCCCCCAGCGAGGGCCAGGCGCUGGCCGAGGACUGGGGCUGCCCCUUCAUGGAGACGUCAGCCAAGAGCAAGACCAUGGUGGACGAGCUUUUCGCGGAGAUCGUGAGGCAGAUGGACUUCUGCCCUCUGCCGGACCGGAGAGAGGCCUGCUGCCCCGCCUGCAGCGUGCAGUAGCAGCCUGACGGAGGGGGGGCGGAGGGGAGGAGGGGUAGGAACUAGAAUGUUAGAUAGAUUUAAAAAAUGGAGGGAUUUUAAAGGGGAAAAUCCACUCUUUGUGAAACUGUUGCUUUCUGUAUCUAGGGGUUUAGGCCUGAGCAGGAGGCCUUCUGGGAAAUGUAGGAAAUCCCAAACUAAAGCAAAGAAGGAAACACUCAACAUUCAUCUCUCCAGGGUGGAUUUGUCCCUUGACAGAAAUAACAACGCUUGACCUCCCACAUUCAUCACCGUCCUCCUGAUUAACAGGAGCAAAUGUUGGGGGUUUCCCAAAGGCAGCACGGUGCCAAAACCAUCUUAAAAGCCAUCGACAAAGAGGAUCAUAAAUGCUUUUUGGGAAACCAGCCAUAGGUCCAAGCAGGGAUGGCUCUGCAGUUUUAUUGGUCCUCUUUACUUCUGCUUGUGUUUUUCUUUUUUUUUGUUGCACUUUUGGGGACUUUUUUGACAGUGCAAGACCAAUCACCAAGUAUCUGAACGGAUGUCAAGUAACACCACUGUGAAGGAGUCAUACUGGAAUUUCACAGCAGGCCCGCCUAACUACGAAUGAAUGAACAGAUGAACGAAUGUUUAAAAAAAUAAAAUAAAAGGCACCUUUGGGGAAAUUCGUCGAGAAGAUCCCAAAUGUUGACAUACUGUGGAUGAUGUGUGCAUGAAGUUGUACUGUCACACUGACAUUGAGUACAAUCAAUCUCACCCAAAGAGACAGUAUCAAUCAAUCAACUGAUGAUGCAAUCAAUCAGUCAUUACGGACACUUGUCUUUACACCUUACAGAUGAUACAAAUGCCUUGUUACAUUGUAUGAAGUGAACAUCAGUGUCAGUGUAGAGUUCAUUUAUCUUAAGUCACAUCAGAUAUGUUAGUGGUUCAAUGUGAGAAACACUUAUUUUCAACAAAAAAUAAAUCUUUAUGCACAAA